UUGAGUUCCGCGACCCUACGUACCUCUCCGUGCCCGGGCUUGGAAGGUUCGACGUGAAUUUCGUUGCCAAAUUCGGGAGCUUUGAGGGUCGGGUCGACAUUCCGGAGGACGCUCGUUCCAAGGACUAUGAUGUGUAUCUGAGAAUUUCCGGAGCCAGCCCGUAUUUGGGUUCUUUUACUGUGGGAGAUCCACGCCUGCCCACCGCAGGGUUGACGAUCAACGCUCCCGAAUGGGCGCUACCGACAGCCAAUGUCACUGUGCAAGUGGUUGCGAGAAGUUUGAUCGGGCCGGCGGUGGGAGGCGCCACCAUGAAACUAGACUGGAGGAUUGAGGGGCAUGAUGGAAAAGAGGAGCUGGCCAGUCAGGAGGAGAUCACAACCAACAGUACCGGUGUUGCGACUGUGGUCAUCAAUUUGGCAAAUCUCGCGGAGACCCCUUCGCUGCGCUCCAGCUUGGCGAUCGACGUCCAGUGGGUGGGCCCCACGCGGGAGCUCAUCGAAGAGUCGUCUUCAGUGAAGCUGAGGCUCGCCAACAUCAAAGUAACCCACAUCCGAUCCCUGGAAACGGAUGUGCCUGGUGUGGGAUUUGGAGUGGCGACAGAUGUGAAGGACCUGCAGGGCAGCAAAGUCGACAAGGCCGUUGCCAUAAAUCUGGUGGAUGUCCAGAAGGAUCUGGAAAGGGCGUGGGAGGCUCAGUCGGCUGGUCCUGGGCGCCUGUCGGCGGUCGCCACGGCGCCGCUGGAGGGAGAGGUU